AUGAUUCCAAGCAAACUAAGGCGCCAUUUGGAGACCAAUCACCCUAACAUGGCUAAGAAAUCGCGUGAUUUCUUCAGCAGAAAGCUAAAAGAAUUAAAAGGACAAAAAGGCACAUUUUUUAAACAAGCAUCCAUACCAAGCAAUGCUUUGCUUGCAUCUUACAAGGUGGCACAUAGAAUUGCAAUGUGUAAAAAGCCUCACACCAUCGCAGAAGAACUGAUUUUACCGGCUGCAGUGGAUAUGGUUAACAUUAUGGUUGGGGAAUCAGCUGGAAAACUGCUUUCAAAGGUACCUUUAUCAAACAAUACCAUCAGUUGUAGAAUCCAACAUAUGGCUGAAGAUCUAAAUGACCAGUUAAUUGAAAAAAUGAAAGGGAAGGAUUUUGCGCUACAACUAGAUGAGGCAACAGACAGUAACAAGGAUGCUCAUCUGAUUUGCUACACACGCUUUGUAGAUUGUGACAAUAUUGUGGAAGACCUUCUCUUUUGUAAAAGUAUCACCGCCGGUAUAAAGGCACAAGACUUGUUUCAGAUCAUUGACACUUUUAUGAGUGAAAACCAGUUAGACUGGACAAAGUGCUUUGGUGUCUGUACUGAUGGUGGUCGUUCUAUGGCUGGCUGUUAUGGAGGAUUGCAGGCACUCAUACGAAGCAAAGCUGCUGAUGCACUUUGGACCCACUGCAUUAUCCACAGGGAAGCCCUUGCAUCAAAGCAUCUGAGUCCGCCACUGAAUGCAGUCAUGGAAAGUGUGUUGAAAGCUGUGAACUUUAUAAAAACUCGGCCACAGAAGGCAAGGUUUUUUAGACAAAUGUGUGAAGAUAUGGGCUCUGAGCACACAUCUUUGUUGUAUUACUGCAGUUCACGAUGGCUCUCCCGUGGCAAUGUACUUUCUCGUGUUUUUCAAUUACAUCAGGAACUCUACUCAUAUCUUGUAGAAGAAAAACACGAGUGUGCCAAUAACUACUUGGAUACUGUUUUUUUGUCCAAUUUAGCCUACCUGUGUGAUAUAUUUGAUAAACUGAAUGCAUUGAAUCUCUCACUGCAGGGAAACAAUACCCACAUUCUUAAACUCUCAGAGAAGGUAUCUGCAUUCAGGAAAAAAUUGUUUCUAUGGAGAAGAAAAUUAAAUGAAGAGUGUUACAAUGACUGUUUCCCCAUGUUGCAUCAGUUUGUUACAUCAAAUGAUGUUUGUUUGACACAUGAACUUAAAUCAGUUUUUGAGCAGCACCUAACAAACCUCAGUGACUGGUUUGAAAAAUAUUUUCCAGAAAAUAUGGAAAAGUUUGUCUGGAUCCAGGAUCCAUUCAGUACUAGGGCCCCAACGGAAUUUACUUCUGUAGAAGAAGAAAAACUCAUUGAGCUCUCCUGUGACAAGACCUUGAAAGUAAAAUUCAGCAGCAUAGGACUUGAAGAGUUUUGGAUAUCCAUUAAAGAUGAAUAUCCGAUACUAAGUGCUAAAGCACAGCAAAUCCUCAUUCCUUUUGCAACAACAUAUUUGUGUGAAGCUGGGUUUUCAGCAGUUGCUGUAAUAAAAAGCAAGUACCGUUCAAAAAUCAAUGUGGAACAGGAAAUAAGGGUGGCAGUGUCCAAGCUGAUCCCAAGGUUUGAAAAGUUGUGCAGUGCACAACAGGCUCACAUAUCCCAUUAA